AUGAGUGGCGGACUUCCAUAUGCUGCGGAUGCCGAAAGCCCUUUAAAAGCUGCGGAACUUCAGGUUUUGAGAGCACAAUAUGAGAAAGAAGGCGAGCACGUUGGUGUGCAGACACAGUUCAACUACGCAUGGGGUUUGAUCAAAUCGAAUUCUCGACACGAACAACAAGAAGGAGUUCGACUCCUCUCAGACAUAUUCCGCAUAUCCCCAGAACGAAGGAGAGAAUGUCUCUACUACCUCGCCCUCGGCAAUUACAAAUUAGGAAACUACUCAGAAGCACGACGAUACAAUGAUUUGUUAAUAGAAAAGGAACCGGAGAAUCUACAGGCGAGCAGUCUCAAGGGGUUGAUCGACGACAAGGUUGCGAAGGAAGGUUUAAUAGGUGUUGCUAUUCUUAGUGGGGUUGCUAUUGCUGCUGGAGUUGUUGGCUCAAUGCUAUUCAGAGGUGUGGGUAGAAAUAAUAGAUAA